AAUGGAGUGUCGUGGAUCACAUGACUGUGGUUAUUUCCUGCUGCACUAACUUGCGUUGCCUGCGCGCCGCUCGCAGCUCCUCCACGGCGCUGCGCUCCAUCCGCCUCGGACUUGCUUACACGCUCUCCCCGAAGGCCUCCGUCGAGUUCCACACAAAUAGCGUAGUCGUCCAUUUUCCCUCCCCCUUUUUAGUUGGACCCAGUCGGGGGGAAAACAGAAUAAAAGUCAAACCAGCGCUUAUCAUGGCGACAGCGGCGGUGUCUGCUCCGGCCGGUGGCCCCAGUGCCAGCCCGGGGACCGAGCUGGUACGCGGGCAGGCUUUCGACGUUGGGCCUCGCUACAGCAAUCUGUCCUACAUCGGCGAGGGAGCCUACGGGAUGGUGUGUUCGGCAUAUGACCGUGACAACAAGCUUCGGGUGGCCAUCAAGAAGAUCAGCCCCUUCGAGCACCAGACGUACUGCCAGCGCACACUGCGUGAAAUCAAGAUCCUGCUGCGCUUCAAGCACGAAAACAUAAUCGGAAUCAACGACAUCAUACGCACGCCCACUAUCGACCAGAUGAAGGACGUUUACAUUGUGCAGGACCUGAUGGAGACAGACCUGUAUAAGCUGCUGAAGACCCAGCACUUGAGCAACGACCAUAUCUGCUACUUCCUGUACCAGAUCCUGCGAGGCCUCAAAUAUAUUCACUCUGCCAACGUACUUCACCGUGACCUCAAGCCCUCCAACCUCCUGCUCAACACAACUUGCGAUCUCAAGAUUUGUGACUUCGGUCUGGCUCGGGUGGCCGAUCCAGACCAUGACCACACCGGCUUCCUGACGGAGUACGUAGCUACACGCUGGUACCGGGCGCCUGAGAUCAUGCUCAACUCUAAGGGCUACACCAAGUCCAUAGACAUCUGGUCAGUGGGUUGCAUCCUGGCUGAGAUGUUGUCGAACCGGCCCAUCUUUCCCGGGAAGCACUACCUGGAUCAACUCAAUCACAUUCUAGGUAUCUUGGGUUCUCCUUCCCAGGAGGAUCUCAACUGCAUCAUCAACAUCAAAGCGAGGAACUAUUUACUUUCUCUGCCGCUGCGCGGCAAAGUGCCCUGGAACCGCCUCUUCCCCAAUGCCGACGCCAAAGCAUUGGAUCUGCUGGACAAAAUGCUCACCUUCAACCCCCACAAAAGGAUUGAGGUGGAGGAGGCCCUGGCGCACCCCUACUUGGAGCAAUACUACGACCCCACCGACGAGCCCGUCGCCGAGGCGCCGUUCAAGUUUGACAUGGAGCUGGACGAUCUCCCCAAGGAGACUCUGAAGGAGCUCAUCUUUGAGGAGACUGCACGUUUCCAGCCCGGGUUCCGAUCCUAACACCUGACAGCAGAUGAUUUGCCGCCACUGCGCCCCCCCCCCCAACCCGUGACUCCUACACGCUGUUGUAGCUGUUUUUUUGUGCUCUUUAUUAUUUUUUUAAACAUUUUUAUUUGUAUUUCUAACGUUUUGGCUCCCAGAAUCCUCAGCUGUCGCUCAUCAAGUCCACUUUGCUCAGGAAUGGCGUCAGGAAUCAAUCAGUAUGUGGUUCCGGGAUGAGGGAGAGUUCUUUUUCAUCUCGUCCUCACCCUCCCCUCCUUUUAAAAGGCUUUUUUGUCGUCGCCGGCUCAUCACGCAGCCCCCCCCACCCCCCUCGAAAAAAACGAGCAAUUUAUGCAAAGGGUCGACUUCAUCAGCCACAAAAAAAAGCCAUGGUUCCUGCGGUUCUACUCGAGAAUCGUCCUUUUACUGUACAUGACGCUUCUAUUUUAGCCUUCGUGGGGUCAGCACGGGACAGUCUUAACGUGUUUGAAAGGGAAAGAAAGAACCCCCCUCCCAAUAGUUGAUCCUUUCUCAAUAGUAAAAACGUGUUUAUGUUGGGAAAGUGACUAUAUUUUCCCGGUGUGCAUGGCCCGCCAAGAAGACGCGUGCCCUUCUGCAUGACUGUUAGCAGCUGUGUAUACAAAGAGCAUGUCAAGUGCCACACGGGCCUUUACCGUUCCGCCUCCGACACGGUGCUUCAGCGUCCACAUUUGGACUCAUUUUCGUUUUUCCAUUUAGCCCGGCCGCCGUCCGCCCGCGACCAAUUGCGUCACACGAGUGGCACCUACUAGAGCUCGAGAUUCCGCUUUCUGCUGUCCGUGAAUGCAACAUGAGAACUCUUGUGCUGCACUUUAUAAACGCAGCACUUAAGCUCCAAGUACCGAGCUGGCAGCUAACUAGCAAACUGUGCGAGGAUAGUUUGAGGACUUUGCUUCGUCCUGUGGAAGUGAAUGCAGCACGACGACUUUCGAAAAGCCACUGUUACUGUUCAAUAUUCAAACCCUUCAAUUUAGCUGCUUGCUUAUAUGUUGGAGAAUCUGGGAGUAUCGAUUGGGCCGCUCCUGCCCAUCCCACCCCAACAAACGGGAAAAGUUCAAGAAACAUCCACUCAAAAGUAACAUUAAUUUCUUUAGAUGCUGUGCUUUCUAUUCGGAAUCAAAUAAAGAAGACAAAGUCAUUUGAUUUAAAAGUUACGUUCUUUUGUGCUAUGAAUUCUUUGAAAUUGAGCCGCUGUAAACUACAGUGGGCUAACUCAAUUUUUGACAUUUGGCAGUUUAAUUUUAUGACAUCGACAAUCUCUCAGAUUUAUUUCUUUAUUUAUACGGCAAUACUUAUGUGUCUUACAUACUUGCUUUUACAGAAGUUGUGGUUUUUCCGUGAUGUUUUGGCAUUUUGGACUUGAAACACUUUUCCAAAAGCCGUAAAUGUAUGAUUCUUAUUAAAAUUGGAAUGACAGAAAUUAAUUAACAAAAGCCUGGUUCAUAAUUGGUGCGGCCUUUGUGAAAAUUGGAAUUGGCCAGAGAAGUCCAAUAAAAUAAUGGCCCCUAUAUGUCAAAAUGGGUGCUUAUCCAUUAUUUAGACCACUGUUCAUCUGAAGAAAAAAAAAAAGGCCUUUUAUCUAUUCUUCUCUUAAAAUGACAAACAUGGCGUUAGCCCCCUCAAGUUUUCAGUGACCUCGCAAUUGAUGAGCUACCCCCCUCAAUGCUCCUCCAUUUGUGACGCUGCUUUUUCUCCAAAAACAUGAACACAGCACAAACCACAAGUUUGACUUCCACGUAAUUUAGUUUUGUGGGAUUUUCCAACAAACGGUGAAUGCAGAACAAAGACCAACAAAAUGGACUGGAAAGUAACUUGGGGUUGUCAGGGCACUGGUCUCAAUCAAGUUAAAAUGACCCAUUUAGCACUUUGUCAGCUGAGCAGUAUAUAUAUAUUUGAAAAAAAAUCAUCAUCAAAUGCUCCUGCGGUGGCGGCGGUGGCCUGUAGAUAUAUUAUAUACGUAAAUAAAAGCAUACUUGUUUGGGGGAGGCGUUCAAAGGCACCGGGAAGCAGCUGCGUCGGGACAGUUUGUGUGCUGAUUAGCGCUUGUGCUUCAUUCUUUUGUCUGUUUGUGCCUUCUUUGACGAUUCCGUGCGCAGCUUCUGAUGUGAUCAA